AUGAGCAACUACCGCGCGAGCGCCUAUACCUUUGGCGAGCUCUCCCGCCCCAUGGAGGACCUCGACGACGCCAUCCGCGAGACCCAAGCGCGCCGCGAUGCCGUGGCUCCCGGCCGCGCCGUGGUCCACUGGUUCAAAGGGGACCUACGCACCCAGGAUAACCGCGCGCUGUACCUCGCCGGCAAGAAGGCUGCCGCCGCGCGGAUACCCCUCGUGUGUCUGUACAUUGUUAGUCCCCAGGACUUCGAGGCUCACCUGACGUCUCCGGCCCGCGUAGACUUUAUCUUUCGCACGCUCGAGGUCUUGCGGGCUGACCUUGCCGCGCUGGACGUACCUCUGCACGUCGAGACGGUCGAGAGGCGCGCGCGUGUCCCUGAACGGAUCGCCGAGUUACUAAAGGGGUGGGGCGCGAAGCACUUAUUCGCCAACAUGGAGUACGAAGUCGACGAGCUCCGGCGCGAGACCGACCUUGUGCGCCUGCUCGACGGAGAUGGCGUGGCCUUUACCCUCGAGCACGAUACCUGCGUCGUGGCCCCGGCAGCCUAG